UCAUACCCACUCGUCCACGCUUCUCCUCCGCUGACCCUCACAUUGGCGAUGCGCGCGAGGGAGUGACCACAUCCCGAACCAGCACCGACAUCGAGAACUGGCUCACGUUUCUCCUCGGAUCAUGUAACGCGACGGCUCCGGUUUCAGCCGAGGAGGAGCGCGAGGACCCGGUGCAGGAGGAACAGCGGCGGAGGCUCGUAAGAGGAUAAAGAAUCACGGGGAGCUAUUUAUAAACGACACCAUGACCAGUGGGCCGGACGAGAGCUCGGUUCGGGUGGCUCUGAGGAUUCGCCCUCAGCUUGCCAAGGAGAAGAUAGAGGGCUGCCACAUUUGCACCUAUGUCAUGCCCGGGGAGCCUCAGGUGGUCCUGGGAAACGAUAAGUCCUUCACCUACGACCACGUCUUUGACAUCAACACCCAGCAGGACGCCAUCUACACCAACUGCACCGAGAGUCUGAUUGAAGGCUGCUUCGAAGGCUACAAUGCAACCAUCUUUGCUUACGGACAGACGGGUUCUGGGAAGACCUACACCAUGGGAACUGGCUUUGACGUGAGCAUCGGCGAGGACGAGCUGGGUAUCAUUCCCCGAGCCGUCAACCACCUGUUCCGAGGCAUCGAGGAGCGACGCCAGGCCGCGACUGAGCAGGGGCGGCCGGUGCCCGAGUUCAAGAUCAACGCACAAUUCCUGGAGCUGUACAACGAGGAGGUUCUAGACCUAUUUGACUCCACUCGAGAUCUGGAGGCACGCAAGCAGAAGUCCAACAUCAAGAUCCAUGAGGACGCCAAUGGAGGGAUCUACACUGUCGGGGUGACCACUCGGACUGUCACCUCUGCUGCAGAGAUGAUCCAGUGUUUGAAACUCGGCGCUCUCUCUCGCACGACUGCCAGCACCCAGAUGAAUGUGCAGAGCUCACGGUCUCAUGCCAUCUUCACCAUCCACCUGUGCCAAGUCCGAGUCUGCGCACCUGAUAACGACGAUAACACGACAGACAACCGGCUGGCAAACAACUCGGACAUAAAUGAGUUUGAGACCCUGACGGCCAAGUUUCACUUCGUGGACCUGGCUGGUUCUGAGAGGCUGAAGAGGACUGGUGCCACCGGGGACAGGGCAAAGGAGGGGAUCUCUAUCAAUUGUGGUCUGCUGGCCCUGGGAAACGUGAUCAGUGCUCUGGGCGACCGCAGCAAACGAUCCACUCAUGUUCCUUACAGAGACUCCAAACUGACCCGGCUGCUGCAGGACUCUCUCGGGGGAAACAGUCAGACAGUGAUGAUCGCCUGCAUCAGCCCGUCAGACCGGGACUUCAUGGAGACCCUCAACACCCUCAAAUACGCAAACCGGGCACGGAACAUCAAGAACAAGGUGGUGGUGAACCAGGACCGAGCCAGUCAACAGAUCAGCGCUUUGAGAACGGAGAUUGCGCGGCUGCAGAUGGAGCUGAUGGAGUACAGGACGGGCAAGAGAAUUGUGGGGGAGGACGGCCUGGAAGGUGUCAACGACCUGGUGCAUGAAAAUUCCAUGCUGCAGGCAGAGAACAACAACUUGAGGGUGAGAGUGAAGGCCAUGCAGGAGACCAUCGACGCCCAGAGAGUCCGACUCACUCAUAUUUUGAGUGACCAAGCCAACAGCACGCUGACACGAGCAGGUGAGGGCAGCGAGGAGAUCGGCAACAUGAUCCAGAACUACAUCACAGAGAUCGAGGAGCUCCGUGCCAAAUUGUUGGAGAGUGAAGCCCUGAACGAGAACCUGAGGAAGACUCUGUCCCGAGUCUCUGCUCGUUCAUCACUCUACUCAGGCUCCUUCUCUUCCCCUCUGAUCGCACCUGAGAAAGAAACCAGUGAUGUCAUACAGAUGGCCAAGAGAGACUUGCAGAAGCUCAAGAAGAAGGAGAAGAAGAAGAAAAAGAGACUGAGGCGCUAUGAGGAGAACCACCAGCAGGAGGAGCUCGCCAGCACUGUCAAAACUCCAGACAACGAAGAGGAGCACAACGAGGAGGCCGAGGUGAGCGAGCAUGAGGAUGGCGAUGAAGCUGACGAAGAGGAGGAAGAGUCGGAGGAGGCUGGUGAAGAGUCAUCUGAGGAAUCUGACUCUGAAGAACUGGAUGAGAAAGAGAACGUCCAGGCUGACUUGGCCACCAUCACCUGCGAGAUCGCCAUCAAGCAAAAACUGAUCGACGAGCUGGAGAACAGCCAGCGACGGCUGCACACGCUGAAGCAGCAGUACGAGCAGAAGCUGGUGAUGCUCACCAACAAGAUCCGGGACACACAGCUGGAGCGGGAUAAGGUCCUGCACAACAUGGGCUCGGUGGAGUCCUGCACAGAGGAGAAAGCCAAGCGCAUCCGGGCAGAGUACGAGAGGAAGCUGAGCUCCAUGAACAAGGAAAUGCAGAAACUGCAGUCGGCCCAGAAGGAACACGCUCGGCUGCUGAAGAACCAGUCACAGUACGAGAAGCAACUGAAGAAGCUGCAGCAGGAUGUGACCGAGAUGAAGAAGACGAAGGUGGCGCUGAUGCGACAGAUGAAGGAGCAGCAGGAGCGCAACAGAGCAACAGAAUCCAGGAGAAACAGAGAGAUCGCGUCUCUGAAGAAAGACCAGCGCAGAGCCGAGCACCAAGUGAAGCAGCUGGAGGCUCAGAAGCGACAACAAGAACUGAUCUUGCGCAGGAAGAAUGAAGAGGUGACGGCCCUGAGGCGGCAGGUCCGCCCUGUGUCCGGUAAGGUGAGCCGCAGAGUCCCGGAAACGGUUCACGACUCGCCUCAUCGAUCGGCUCCAGGUCGUCUCCACUCCCCUGGAGCAUCUACUCUGAACGGCACCCGGGGCUCACCGCUGAGGUCCGGCACCAUCCUACUGGGUCGCACCGCUCGAGCCAAGUGGCAAUCGCUGGAGAGGCGUGUCACUGACAUCAUCAUGCAGAGGAUGACCAUCUCCAACAUGGAGGCUGACAUGAACAGACUUCUGAAGCAACGCGAGGAUCUAACCCGGCGGAGGGAGCGGGUGACCCGAAAGAGGGAGAAGAUGGCAGUGGAGGGGGCAGACGCUGACCGCUCACUGACCUCCCUGAAUGAGGAGCUGGAGUCCCUCAGCGCCAACAUCGACUACAUCAACGAUAGCAUCGCAGACUGUCAGGCCAACAUCAUGCAGAUAGAGGAGGCCAAGGAGGAAGGUGACACGGUAGAUGUGGCUGCAGUUAUCAGCUCUUGCAACCUGUCAGAAGCUCGAUUCUUGUUGGAUCACUUCACGACCUUUGCCAUCAACAAGGGUCUGCAGGCGGCUCAGAAGGACUCGCAGCUGAAGGUGAUGGAGGGUAGGCUGAAGCAGACUGAGAUCAACAGUGCCACUCAGAACCAGCUGCUGUUCCACAUGCUGAAGGAGAAAGCCGAGAUCAACCCGGAGCUGGACGCUCUGCUGGGUAGCGCUCUGCAAGAGUUAGGUUACCUGUCGUCAGAGAACGGCGAGGAGAGCAGCAGUGAUGAGUCCAGCAGCAGUCCAGCUGCAGAGGGAAGCACGUUGGCCUCAGACCUCCUGAAGUUCUGCAAUGAAUCCAGACCCAGGAGCAAGGCUCGCAGGCGGACUACCACACAGAUGGAGCUUCUCUACGCCGGCAGUGGAGAUCCGACCUCUGAGUCACCGGCAGCAGACUUCCCUCCUCUGGUCCCACUCUCGGAGCAUUCAGAAGCCCCCAUGGACCUUCAGGGUCUCCAGGCUGUGUCUCCAUCUGGGGUCCGACCAGCUGCCCUAUCCAGGUCCAGGUCUCCCAUCAAUGCUGAGAGGAAGCAGCUGGAGCGUUCCCCGCUCAGUAGGAGGAAGGUCCAGGGUUCAACACACAUCCCGGGGCCUGCAUGCAACCCUGCUGUGACCACUCCAGAUGCCAGAACCAAGCUUGGCAGUGACAGAACUCUCUUGGACGACUCCCCAGUGUGUGAAGGACAUCGAGGCGUCAUCAAUCCUGUUUCCCCCACUAAGAACAGCCGGGGAGCCAAACUGCAGUGCGUGUACGUCGCUGAGGGCCACACCAAACCUGUGUUGUGUGUGGACGCCACCGAUGACUUGAUGUUCACCGGAUCCAGAGAUCGGACCUGUAAAGUGUGGAACCUGGUGACGGGUCAGGAGAUCAUGUCUCUGUCGGACCACCCCACCAGCGUUGUCUCAGUUCGCUACACAUCCAGCCUGGUCUUCACCGUCUCCACCGCGUACGUCAAAGUCUGGGACAUCCGAGACUCUGCCAAAUGCAUACGAACGCUCACGUCGUCGGGUCAGAUGAGCGACAGCGCCUCAUCUGGACGCAACUUAUCUAUCCCGCCUGGAGAGAGUCAGAUUAACCAGAUCGCCAUCAACCCAUCGGGAACCUUCCUGUACGCUGCGUCAACCAGUUCAGUUCGGAUAUGGGACUUACGCAAGUUUGUGUCCACCGGGAAGCUGACGGGUCAUUCUGGUCCGGUAACGUGCCUGACAGUGGACGAGCUGGGACACGGACAAGAUGUGGUGCUGACCGGAUCCAAAGACCAUCAUGUCAAAAUGUUUGAGGUCACCGAAGGUUCCAAGGGGAGCCUCAGCUGCUGUCAAACCUUUGAGCCAGCCCACCAGGAUGCCGUGGAGGCCCUCGUGGUGCACAAAGACGUGUUCUACAGCGCCUCGAGAGACCUGCACAUCAAGAAGUGGGACUUGUCAUGUAAACGCAUGCUUCAGUCAGCGAGCGCCCACACGGACUGGAUCAGCGGCCUCGGCCUGGUUCCUGGCUCACCGGUGCUGCUCGGUGGCUGUAGAGAUGGACUGCUGCGGCUUUGGCACGCUGACUCACUGGCGCCUCUAGGGGAGGUGUCGGGACAUGACAGCCCCAUCAACAGCCUGGUGACCAACAGCAGUCAGCUGUUCACUGCAUCAGAUGACCGCACAGUGAAGAUCUGGGAGGCCAGAGGUUCCCUAGAGGAUGGUCUCUUCUGAUCCUUACCCUCAGACUAUCUAAAGACAAACCAAGCAAGACGGGUCCACUGAUGGUCACAGUUACUGUUAUUACCGUGGAUCUGUGGCUGCACAGGCUGAAUCUGUCAGCAUCUGACUGUUCUCAGCUUUUACUGCCAACAUGCAACGUAAGUGUCCUCAGACGACUGAACUUCAGCAGGGUUCCAGAAUUGUGUUAUUUAUUGUAUUAUUCCAUUUCAUUUUUUAUUCAUCUAUUCUUAUUUAAAAACAUGUAUAUUUUAAAAUAAUUAGAAAAGUAAUUUUAGUAUGACAAUUGUGACGGAAACAAAGAUUUGUUGGGAUUUCCAAAAAUAUAAAGAUUUUUUUCAUUGCGUGAGGAAAUCAUUAUGGCUUUAUCAAACAGCGUACAUACGCCGCAAAUUUAGGAGAGAAAUCCAAGUUAGGUAAUUACUGUACCAGAGAAAAUUUGAGUACUUGACACUGAGGUCAAAUUAAAUAAAAAAAUGUGUGAGAAAAAAAAAAUCAUAUUAAUACUGUAAUAAUAUCAAAUUCGAUUGAAUACAUUAAAAUUUUAAAUUGUGUGGAAUGAUUAUUGAAAAAAAAAAACUUUGAUCAAUGAAAGUUCAAGUGUCACAUUCGGUGAUAUACAGUUACACAUCGUGAAAACAUAUCACUCACAAUAAUGCAGGAGUAUGAAAACAGCUCAGACUUCAGUACAGACGUCUGGUGAUUCUUUUCACGUAUUUCUCUGGUACUCCUUGUUCUCCCCUUUCCUGACUUACUGUAUUCCCCAAGUGCUUCCAUCAGAGCAUGAUGUCCCCUGCAUCAUCUUCCUCUUACUUCCAUCUGACUUCUCUGACCUGUUUUUUUACUCCAUCUGUCCGUUUCUUCACUUCAUUCUGCAGUCCUCCGUGAAAAGGUGCAGAACUAUCAAAAGCUCAUAUUUAUGACUUAGUUUAUGACAAAUGAAUCGUCUCUUGUGAUUCCUUUAACUACUCUGAAAAAUGUGAACCUCUUCUUUAAAAUGCUGUGAACGAUUCCAUCCAUCUGUUUUGUUCAUCUGGUCUUUUCAUUCUCUAGUUUCCUCAUCAGUGUUGUCAGUGCCUGUACAUCCCGAUAAGCUCAUCAUUUCAAUGUCAAGUGAGUUAAGUUGACUGAAUACUGUUGGUGUUCGCAACUGGAAAAUUUGCACUCGGUUUUCCUCAAAACAUUUCUUCAGUCAUUGAAUCCCAUUCCUCCUGAUUUGCACUUGAGCUGCUGGAAAACCUGUUGAUGUUUUCAAUCCCAAAUGCUGUAGCUGUGGUCUCUUUUUGAAAGUACUGUAAAUCUGAUUUUUGUAAAUAUAUUUUUUUUGACUGAUGCAGUGAAAAUAAAGCCUCCGGAA